AUGGCGGAUGAAGUUGAACAGCAAACGACUACCAACACAGUGGAGGAGCCCCUGGAUCUGAUCAGGCUCAGUCUGGACGAGAGGAUCUAUGUGAAGAUGAGGAACGACAGAGAACUCCGGGGCAGAUUGCACGCCUACGAUCAGCACUUGAACAUGAUCUUGGGAGAUGUUGAGGAGACGGUGACAACAGUAGAGAUCGACGAGGAGACGUAUGAAGAAAUUUACAAGUCAACAAAGAGGAACAUCCCCAUGCUGUUUGUCAGAGGUGACGGUGUGGUCCUGUUAGCUCCUCCACUCAGGGUGGGCUAGCAGCUCAUGGUAUGUCCUGCUCUUAUGUUCAUGGAUCCUGAAGGAGAGAAAAUGACUUGUUUUUGUUGACAAAUUGCCGA